AUGACUCCUGAGUUUAAAAACUCCACAGCCCUUUCACAGGCAGAUGAGAAGAAACAGAGCGAGCGAGAGACUUUGCCGGUUCUUCCUGGGGACCAGGAAGACCUGGGCACCGGGAAGCCUUCGGGACAUGCUGAUAAGGAGGUGAUGGCCGCCACUGUCCUUACCUCACUGUCCACAUCCCCCUUGGUGCUGUACCCCUCCUCUGCAUCCACAGUUCCAGAGCCAUUCAGCAAGACUUGCAAAGAGGUGCUCUCUGCCAGCUACAGCAGUUCAACCAGUGGCAACUGGAGCUGGGAUGCCAGUGACCAAUCAGUGCCCUCCACACCGUCCCCUCCACUUUCCAAUGACGCCAACAAGAACUUUCCACUCUCGUCCCAGGGUGAUGAUGUCAGUGAGGACGUCACAGAGACCACGCACUUCAUGUUUGAGGACCCCAUACCCCGGAAGAGAAAGAACUCUAUGAAGGUGAUGUUUAAGUGCUUGUGGAAGAACUGUGAAAAGGUCCUCAGCACUUCCUCAGGGAUCCAGCGACAUAUCCGCACCGUCCACCUGGGGCGAAACAGUGACUCAGACUACAGUGAUGGAGAGGAGGACUUUUACUACUCAGAGAUUGAAGUCAACAUGGAUAGCCUUUCAGAGGGCUUGUCCAAUCUCACGCCUACCUCCCCCACCACAUCUGGGCCUCCGCCCGUCUUCCCUCCGACACUCAACGACGCCCUUCAUUCCGAGCACAUCAGCGUGAAUGGUCAGCAGAACCAGGGUCCCUCGUUACUCAGUCAGUCAGCUCCCUCCACUCUGUGCCACAUCCGCACUGACCAUGCCUACCAGGGCCCUGUGAGUCAUGUUCGCACUGUGAGUAUCGGUGAGAAGCGGCAGCCGGCGGCCAGCACACACACCACUGUUAACAAGAACCACACGUUGAUAACACCGGCACCCAAAUCAACACCAGGAUCCAGGAAACCCCGUGGGGAGGCUAAGAAGUGCCGAAAGGUGUACGGCAUGGAGAAGAGAGACAUGUGGUGCACAGCCUGUCGCUGGAAAAAAGCCUGCCAGAGGUUCACCGACUAAUCCAGUUCCCCUCCCUGGUCUGUGAAAAGGAGCUCUGCCCCCGGAGCAACGACGAGGAAGACUCUUCCACCGUGGAGAUGAGGGCAGAUUUCUUCAGUUCUCUGUGUUGUUCCCUCGGGGUCAGCGGGGAGGGGUGGGGGGGUCGUUCGUCGUCUCUUAUUUCUGCUUUCAAACACGGUGAGAGGAUAAAAUACUUGUGGGUCAGAAAAAAAUACCAUAACACAACAUUUAUGCAGGUUCUGAGACUUUUUCUAAGGCCGAAGCAUUUUUACCCUCUCGGUAAGAUGAGGAUAAAAGAAACAUUCAAAUUCACAAAUGAACCUGAAGAUUAGAUGUUUUUUAUAUGCUUCAGCUCAAGACGAUGUUUGAAGACUACAGAUAAGCUUUUUGACGUAAUCUGUUCAUUGUAAAAGCAUCAUGUAAGCUACUGUUUAUGACAUGGGUCGUGACUCUUUUUUUGAGGCUCAAGGGGUUAAAAACAGAUUUGCUCUGUCAGCUUCUCUCAGUCACUGUUUAAGGGACAUCAAACCUAAAAGAAAAACUCAAAAAGCUUCUGUUUGCUCACAACCAGCAGUUCUGCUGCAAAUGUCUUCUGCAGUCUUACUGGAUAUCAUCUGCAUGUUUGAAUUACUAUCGUACAAUAUCAGUCAACUCAUUUGUUCAGCUAAUCCAGAACAGUGUGCUAUACUUUUAGAUUUGUCAAAACUGCACAAAAACCUUCACACCAAGUGGUACAAAGAUUUUUCCUUUUGCGUUCCAAAAUAUUUCUGGGAUGGACACAUUAUGUGAAAUAUAUUCCCCUUUCUUGUUCACUCUACCUUUUCACUAGAGAUAUGCACCUUGAAGUAAUAAGUCAUCUUUUGGAGUAUCACUGUAAGCCCAGUGUGCCUGAGAGACGACAACCAUUUCUUCUAAAGUUUAUUUUCUGCAGCGGGUUGCAGUUGCAUUGUGCAAUCAGAGCAAUGAUGGCAUUUAAUAUUCUCUUUCACUUCAAAGUUGUCAUUUAGUCUUGAAGCAGAAAGGCCUUUUUUCCCUUUGACAAACUGAUGUUCUUAAGAGAUUGUUUACCACGAUAUAUGAAUGAUAACUGCCCUUUGAAAUUUUAACUUAACAGUCUGACUGAAGUUAAUUGUGUAUGUGGGAAAAUAACAGAGAUUGUAACCUAGCAAUCACUACCUAAUGGUAAGUCAUGGGUUUUAAUUAAUCUCUUACUCUUUGAAAUGGAGAGGUUGCUCUUUAGUUUUUGGAAUAAUUAGCAUUAAUAAUCUUUGAGUUUUUUUUUUUUGGGGGGGGGUAUUGUAGGGAAUUCUUACUUUCUGGGACUCCACAGAGUUUGAUUUUACUCAGUCCCGUAUUUUUGGGGUUGGCUGUGCCAGUUUAUUCCCAUUUCCGGUCAGUAGAGGUGCGGAUUAAGAUCAUUCCUCUAAAAUCCUCGUCCCAAAAACAAGUAGCAAUUUUCCCCCUCUGCUCCCCAUCUUUGUCUGAUGUUUUUGUGUUUUUUUUUAAUGGAGCAGAACUCCUGUUUCAGUAACACAUCACCAUUUAGGUAAAACUAACCUACAUGAGUGUAAGGUCAGCUUUAGAUUCCUGCUUUAGAUGAUGGACAGAGCCGACUUUGGGGCAUAGUCAGCCACACAGAGGACACAGUGCUGCACUCUAGCAGAUCUGCAAGAAUGAAACAAUUGACUUUACACAGGUCCAAUGUCCACACUAAAGCAUAGAGCAAGAAUUCCCUGAAAUCCUCUGAUUCUUUUUUUACUCUGGUGGAAAAUGAUUACAGAGAAUCAAAUCAAGUCUUGGGCAGAGCACUUGGCAGAACUCUUCAUUGGUCAGCUGCAUGCUGAUUGAUAUGGAUGGAGGGGUUCGUGGAUUUACCAUGUUUUACCAAAAUGGAGUCUUACCUUUUAGGAAACGUUUGUUGUGAAGUAAAAGGAAGCCAAAGUUUCCAAGCUGUUGAUGAAACAGUUAGCGCUAGAUUAUAGAUAGUUAGAUUCUUUCAUUUUUGAUAGUCCCUGCUCAGAAACAUUUGUCUCUUAAAGGAAAUAUUUAAUUUCAAAGCCCCUUUUAUUACCUGUGUCUUUUUAUUGAUGGGGAUAUAAAAGAUGGAGGACGGGGAAAAAACAACAAAAAGCGACAUUACUAAAAAAACUGCCUUUUCCUCCUUUAAUGACAACAUUAAAAAACAGCAAUUUUUGGCAUAAUAUCAAGGAUGGAUUGAGAGUUACAAAGUUAUGAGUCAUUCAGAGACCUACCGAGCAGUUUUAACUGUAUUUCCCUUCAUUGUUAAUAUGUUAUUAGAACUGACUCAAUCUUUUGUAAUUUUAAAUGACUUUGAUAAAAGAUAAGACUGUUUUAUAUAUAUAUAUAUGUGAUGUAUAUAUAUCCCAAAAUCACAAAUUAGCUUCAAGGGAUUUAAUGUGUAGAAAUGAUGACAUCCCCUUCAUCUAGAGCCUCAAUUCAGACAUAGCAGCAGAGAGAAGAAAAAAAAACACUUACAUGUAACAUGUACUCAAAGCUGGAGUCACGUCAAACGUUGUGUGUUUUUGAUAAGAUCCAUACUUGUAAUAUAUAAGCAGCUUUUCAUCACAGAUUCUACUGCGUGUCCUCUGCUGUCCUAAGUGCUCCAGACACUGGCCUGACCCGGCAUCAGUAGCAGCGUAUGACAAACACAGAGUGCCUGUCCUCUCCUCUAUGAGUGGGCCACCACCCAACAGGCUCCCAUGACCCAUAGUACAGUGCAACCUCAAAAGAUUUGUCGGCUCAGAAGCCCCCGCGCCAGAAGCCAACAAGUUAUCCCUUCAUAAGUCAAUCCAAUGCAUGAAGUCACCAGGUCAUAGCAAGCAAACGGUAUUUCACUGAGUUCCUGUCAGAGACGACCUUCGUGAUCCUCCUUUUUUUUUAUUUUAGUGGCGUCCCAGAUAAGCUAGGUCAGCAGGCCUCUUCCAGUCAGAAACUUCACAAAGUGCCAAUGAAACGACAACAAAAAAGGAAAAGGUAUACUGACCUUAUGAAAUUGCACUACGCUGCACUGCUCAAAGACAUGUUUUUAUACAUGGACAUUUUAUAUACACAAAUUUUUAAGUGAAAGGGUAUUUUGUUUCAAUGGGG